AUGAUUCUGCCGAUAACAUGUCCGGAUCUUGUUCCUAAUUAUCAUGCUCUGGCAAAUGCACAAUUGACCUCAAAUCUCGAUAUAAUACUUCGCACUGUUUGUUGGGCUGAAGCAAACCAACUUUUAUCUGCACAAUUUAAUUUACCGGCCUCCACAGUUAGACAAAUAUGGCUACUAGCUGAUCUAGAUGGAGAUUCAAAACUUACUCAGCAUGAAUAUUGUAUUGCUGCUCAUCUAGCUUGUUUGCAUAGUGCUCAAGGCGUGCAACUGCCAUCAAGUAAAACUGAUUUGCUAGUCUUUUUAAUAUCCCAAAGAGUUCGGGAAAAUAAAAACAACUGCAGACAAGCCACUUUUCGAAAAACUUCCUCUCCUGUUAAUGAGCUCUAUUCAUCCGCUUCUAUUCCUGGGAAUGAUAGUUAUUCUUCCUCUUUAAUAAAACAUGGCUCUCCUGAGAGGCCUCUUUCCGAGUCAUCAUUCACUAAUCUUUAUCAGUUCUCACCUAUUCAAAGCACUCAGAUCGGGUCAACUAAAGCCAGGCUUGGACACUCCGUUGAUGCUAAAACCUCUUAUUCUCAAAUUGCAAAGUUUACUAUGAAGAACGAGGGACACCUAGAUAUCUUCGAGAUAGAGGACAGGAUGACUCGAUCUGCCUCUUCCGCCAUGCUUGAUUUUAAACCAGUUCAGACUGUAUUUGACUUAACAGACGAUCCAAUGAUCCCUUUUGUGUAUGAUUCAUCAGAUGAUGAAGAUGACUAUACUCGACCCGAUGCACAAGAUCCCCUGGGUGUUUCGUAA